AUGUUCGUGCCCGAGGUGGCGGAACAGUUCCAAAAGGCCAACAUCACCGCGCUAAUCUACGACCCUCGCUCCCUAGGCGAGAGCGAUGGCGAGCCGCGAAACGAGAUUGACCCUCUAAAGCAGGUGUCCGACUACUCAGAUGCUCUCAGCUUCCUGAGGACGCUGCCGACCGUUGAUCCGGAUGCCAUUGCGUUUUGGGGCAUGUCCUUCGCCGGCACGAUUGCGCUCUGCGCCGCGAGCCUGGACAAACGCGCCAAGCUGUGUAUCUCGGUCUGUCCGCUGCUCGAUUUUGAGCUGACGCCGGAGAAGUUCCCGCGUGUGCUGGCCAAGAGCAUGCAGGAUCGUGAAUCGCAGCUGGCAGGCAACGCGCCCGUCUUUCUGCCUGUCCUGACGGAAAAGGGGGAGAACCCGGCUGGGAUGGGAAUUGGCGCCGACAAGGAGGAGUUCGACUACAUGGUAAAUGCGAAGACGCGUGGAGCGCCGAACUACGAGAACCGGACGACGCUUCAGUCGUACUACAAGAUCAUCUCCUGGCAGCCGCACGGAAUCAUGAAGUACAUGGCACCCACGCCGGUGCUGAUGAUCGUACCGGAGAAAGAUAUGAUCUCUCUGCCGGAGGGCCAAUUGGCACUGUUUGAUACGUUCCCUGAGCCUAAGAAGGUGCACAUUGCGCCUGGGAAGGGUCAUUUGGAUGUAUUGAGUGGCGAUGACUUCCCUGCGCUGUCGCAGCUGCAGGUGGAGUUCGUGCAGGGUAUUCUGACCGGGUAA